GAGGACGCCAGGGCGCCCCGCGCCGCCGCCCCGAGCCCCGCCGCUGACCCGCCGCCAUGGCCCGCGGAAAAGCCAAGGAGGAGGGCGGCUGGAAGAAAUUCAUCUGGAACUCGGAGAAGAAGGAGUUCCUCGGCCGGACCGGCGGCAGCUGGUUUAAGAUCCUUCUGUUCUAUGUAAUAUUUUAUGGCUGCCUGGCUGGCAUUUUCAUUGGAACCAUCCAAGUGAUGCUGCUCACCAUCAGUGAACUGAAGCCCACAUACCAGGACCGGGUGGCCCCUCCAGGAUUAACACAGAUUCCUCAGAUCCAAAAGACUGAAAUUUCCUUUAAUCCUAACAAUCCCAAGAGCUAUGAGGCAUAUGUGCUGAACAUAAUUAGGUUCCUGGAAAAAUACAGAGAUACGGCCCAGAAGGAUGACAUGAUUUUCGAGGACUGUGGUAGUAUGCCCAGUGAACCCAAAGAACGAGGAGACUUCAAUCACGAACGUGGAGAACGGAAGGUGUGCAGAUUCAAGCUUGACUGGUUGGGAAAUUGCUCUGGACAAAAUGAUGACACUUUUGGCUACAAAGAGGGUAAACCCUGCAUCAUCAUAAAGCUCAACCGAGUUCUGGGCUUCAGACCUAAGCCUCCUAAGAAUGAGUCUUUGGAGAAUUACCCAGUGAUGAAGUACAAUCCAAACGUCCUGCCUGUUCAGUGCACUGGCAAGCGCGAUGAAGACAAGGAGAAAGUGGGCAACAUUGAAUAUUUUGGACUGGGUGGCUAUGCUGGCUUUCCUCUGCAGUACUACCCCUACUACGGCAAACUCCUGCAGCCCAAGUACCUGCAGCCCCUGCUGGCCGUGCAGUUCACCAACCUCACCCUGGACACAGAGGUCCGCAUUGAGUGUAAGGCCUAUGGUGAGAACAUCGGGUACAGUGAGAAAGACCGCUUCCAGGGACGCUUUGAUGUAAAAAUCGAGGUUAAGAGCUGAUCGCAAGCACAGGCCUUUCCCACUAGCCAUUUAAUAAGUUAAAAAGACACAGAAACCUACUGGUCUUGAACAAACGGUCAUACAUAUGGGACCUACACUUAAUCUAUACGCUUCACACUAGCUUUCUGCAUUUAAUAGGUUAGAAUGUAAAUUUAAAGUGUAGCAAUAGCAACAAAAUAUUUAUUCUACUGUAAAUGACAAAAGAAAAAUAAAAAUUGAGCCUUGGGACGUGCCCAUUUUUACUGUAAAUUAUGAUUCCAUAACUGACUUGUAGUAAGCAGUGUUUCUGGCCCCUAAGUAUUGCUGCCUUGUGUAUUUUAUUUAGUGUACAGUACUCUAGGUGCAUACUCCGGUCAUUUUUCAAGCCAUGUUUUAUCAUAUCUGUUUUCUACUUUAUGUGAGCAAGGUUUGCUGUCCAAGGUGUAAAUAUUCAAUGGGAAUAAAACUGGCAUGGUCCUUUUUUUUGUUUUGUUUUGUUUUUGGUUUGACUUUUUCAGAGAUAAUGGCCCAUCAAUGAGCAUUUUUAACACACUCCGUAGUCUUUACCUGUGGUGUUAGGUCUUUGUUUUUCUUUUUUCCUGGGGCUGGGGAGGGGGUGGGCUGUCAUGGGGGAACUGCCCUUAACAUUGUAAGUGACACGACAGAAAAGCACAGAAAGCUGAUGGGCUGUGUCGCGCUCUGCACCGAGUGCUGUGCUGACAUCUGCUCGCGUGUCCUCCACUGUGCUCUGAAGCGAGGUCUGAGAUUGGGAUUUUCCCAUCACUUUGGCUAGUGGCGGGAUAAUUAAUUUGCUUUGUACAUUUUCUUUUCCUUUCUUCCUUUCUCUGAGGCAUCACAUGCUGGUGCUGUGUCUUUAUGAAUGUUUUAACCAUUUUCAUGGUGGAAGAAUUUUAUAUUUAUGCAGUUGUACAAUUUUAUUUUUUUCUGCAAGAAAAAGUGUAAUGUAUGAAAUAAACCAAAGUCACUUGUUUGAAAAUAAAUCUUUAUUUUGAACUUUAUAAAAAGCAAUGCAGUACCCCAUAGACUGGUGUUAAAUGUUGUCUACAGUGCAAAUCCAUGUUCUAACAUAUGUAAUAAUUGCCAGGAGUACAGUGCUCUUGUUGAUCUUGUAUCAGUCAGGUUGAAACAAUGGACAAUAAAAGAAUGAACACACUCCUCA